AAUCUUGACUUCAGUAGGAAAGUGCAGUAGAAAUACAUUUAAUUUCUUAGCGACAUAAAUAUCAUAUAUCUUGUUUAUUAAGCGUUACGUCUUAAAUUUUUAUUUGAUUUACAAUUUUCGUAACAAAAUCUUCUAAGUCACUUCUUUAAGAACGUAUGCAGUUACGACUCUGUGUUUACAACGUCAUCGUAUCGAAUGACAUUUCGUACCAAAACAGAUUACUGUCACUUUUGUGAACACUUUGCUAUAUUUUGGAAAGCCGAAAUUUGGCCGAAAAGUGUUAAUUUUAGAUAACUCAUUAAAGAAAUAAUUUAUAUGCAUAUUUGAACAAAAUGCCUUGCUGGUAUUAUGAUAAAAAGGAGUUACGUGAUACACCCUCCAUAUUGGACGGCAUAUCAUUUGAGACGGAACGUCGUUAUCGCAAAGAGGGCGCACGCUUCAUUAUGAAUUGUGGCACUCAAAUGGGUUUAGGUCACAAUACAAUGGCUACUGGUGUAGUGUAUUUUCAUCGUUUUUAUAUGUUUCAUUCAUUUAAAAGUUUUCCACGGUAUGUCACCGCUUGCUGUUGCCUUUUUCUCGCCGGCAAAGUUGAAGAAACACCAAAGAAAUGCCGGGACAUUAUAAAAAUAGCAAGGACCUUAUUAUCGGAUAAUUAUUUUUAUUCGUUUGGUGAGGACCCUAAAGAGGAGGUCAUGACUUUAGAACGCAUUCUGCUGCAAACAAUAAAAUUUGACUUACAAGUGGAACAUCCUUACACAUUUCUACUAAAGUAUGCCAAAUGUUUUCGUGGCGAUCAAGUUAAAUUACAAAAAAUGGUACAAAUGGCUUGGAAUUUCGUAAAUGAUUCAUUAAGCACAGUUGUUUGCCUACAAUGGGAACCAGAGAUUAUCGCCGUCGCACUUAUACACCUUGCUAGUAAACUAAGUAAAUUUACUGUCGCAGAUUGGGUUGGACGUCAACCGAGUCAUAAUCGUUGGUGGGACAUGUUUGUGUCAGAUGUAACAAUGGAAAUACUAGAGGAUAUAUGUCAUCAAGUUCUGGACCUAUAUCAACCCAAUCAAAAGGAAACACCGGAAUCUAGCAGCCCACCCCAAAAACCACCAAGUCGUGCAGAUAGUCCUACGCCAACAAAACCAAUCAUAGCAACUGCCAGUAGUGGUUCACCGGCGGGUAAAAUAAAGCCGCCACCGUCUACAACUUUCAAUACCACAACCGCCCAAACGGCCAUACCAGCUGUAGGUGAAGUUAGCAAUAUACAGACUAUUAAAUCACUAGCCAAUCCUGUACCAAUAGCGCCAACUACAGCUGAACCAGCAGCUAUACCAACUGUCGGCAUGGCUUCAACCUAUCACAAUAUGUAUCCGCCAACAGCAUCAGUAACUGCACAUCCUAUGCAUUCACUUUACAAUUCAGCUACUCCAGCGCCACCACAACCACCGGGGCAUAAUUACGGUGGCCCAGCUGGACCUGGAGGCGUUGUACCACCGCCGAUGCCGCCAUCAAUGGGACCUUAUGGUAUGGCGUCUGCUUCAUCUUGGGGCGCUCCAUCAUUAAAUGCAAACUCACAUUAUCCCUCUAAUGUGCCACCAAUGCCACCAGGAACAAGUGGUAGUGGUAGCUCUUCACAACAUGGCUACCAAGGUUCAUCGCAAUAUUCUCGACGUAAUUACAUGUGAAAAAAAUUGAAAAAUUUCAAUGAUGAACAUAAAAAUAAGAUAGAUUAAAAUAUUAAUAAAUUUCGCCAAAGCAUUUGAGUCUUUAAUUGCCUUAAAAAACGUUUAGCAGUUUUCAAGUAAAACUUUUUUAUAACUUGAGGAAUUUAAUAUUCUGGCUACGUGGCAGCUCCAAGUGCAUAUGUCAGUAGCAAAACACAAAAUCGAAAUCAGCUGCCAGUUCUUCAGUUGAAUGUUGAUUCAGUAAAUAAAAUUAUUGUUUUAAGAUCAAUAUAAAAAGUGUUUUAUUACUAAAAGUUAAACGAGCAAUGAUAUAAACUGCAUUAUCAAUAAAUAACAUUGAAGAAUUCGGGAUCAGAAUAUAUAUAUAAACAAACCCAAAAA